GAGUGAGAAGAGAAGGUCCACAGAGGAGCACAACUUGCAAUCGUGUAGUAAUGCAGCAACAUCAGACUGGAAUGCGAGCCCUACUAACCUAUAAUUGAGGCAUCAAUUUAUUCACUCGGUUCUAUGCACCAAUAUAUACCCUUAAAUACAUAUAUAGAUACUAGCUCUUUGACCUUUCCGAGAGAGAGAGAGACAGAGAGACAGAGAGAGGGAGGACUAAACCCAUUAUGGAAGGUCCAAUGGUGUUCCAAAAUGUAGUCCUUAAUCUCUUCAUGUCCUUACUCUUUUUCUCUUCAACCAUCACCACUGCCAUUGCUGCCUUGCCAAAACAACAAGAGCUAGAUCGAAUUUCAGCACUGCCUGGACAACCACCAGUCACAUUUUCUCAAUUUUCUGGCUACAUUACGGUCAACAAGCAACAUGGACGAGCUCUCUUCUACUGGUUGACUGAAGCCACUUCUUUUCCUGAAAAGAAACCUCUUGUUCUUUGGCUCAAUGGAGGGCCAGGUUGUUCAUCGGUAGCAUAUGGAGCAUCGGAGGAAAUCGGGCCAUUUAGGAUUAACAGGACCGGUUUAUCUCUUUAUCUCAAUAAGUAUUCCUGGAAUAGAGAAGCAAAUAUUUUAUUUCUUGAAUCGCCUGCUGGUGUUGGUUUUUCAUACACAAAUACAAGCUCUGAUCUUAAUGAUUCUGGAGAUAAACGGACCGCUCAAGAUGCUCUAGCAUUUCUAAUUAGAUGGAUGUCAAGAUUUCCACAAUACAAGCAUCGAGAAUUCUACAUCGCUGGGGAGAGCUAUGCUGGGCAUUAUGUUCCCCAGUUGGCAAAGAAAAUUGUUGAAUAUAAUAAGGCACUCUUGCGACCCAUCUUCAACCUUAAAGGAUUUAUAGUGGGAAAUGCUGUAACUGAUAGCUACUAUGACAACAUUGGAACUGUGACAUAUUGGUGGAGCCAUUCAAUGAUAUCUGAUACAAGCUAUCGAUCAAUUCUCAAGAAUUGCAAUUUCAAAGGGGUACAAUCAUCACAGCAAUGUGAUGAUACAGUGAGCUAUGCCGUGAACAAUGAGCUUGGAAACAUAGAUCAAUACAGUAUUUAUACACCAUCUUGCAUUGCAUUGCAUAAUAACACUAUGAGGUCUAUAAGGCUCAAAAAUACUCUAUUGCAUCGAAGGAUUUCUGGGUAUGAUCCAUGUAUUGAGAAUUAUGCAGAGAAGUAUUAUAAUCGCCCGGAAGUGCAAAAGGCAAUGCAUGCAAAUGUUACUAGAAUUCCUUACAAAUGGACUGCUUGCAGUGACGUUCUCAUCAAAAGUUGGAAUGAUUCUGAAUUUUCUAUGUUACCGACAUACAAGAAGCUGAUUGCAGCUGGUUUAAGAAUAUGGGUUUUCAGUGGGGACACAGAUGCAGUGGUUCCAGUGACUGCCACUAGGUUCUCCCUCAACCAUCUCAAUCUCACUGUUAAAACUCGGUGGUAUCCAUGGUACGCAGGUGAUCAGGUAGGAGGAUGGACAGAGGUGUACAAUGGGCUAACUUUUGCUUCAGUGAGAGGGGCUGGCCACGAGGUUCCACUAUUUCAACCCAAGCGAGCAUUUAUUCUUUUCAAAUCUUUUUUGACAGGGAAGGAAUUGCCAAAAUCUUAUUCUUGACAAAUUACUUGGAGAUGAUAACUAUUUGAGCAACUUGUUAAAGUGUAAUUGUUUCAAGUAGCAUGAAAUUCCAUAUAAUGUUGGCUGAACUGGCUAGAAUAGGAACCAUUCAUUGAAAACUAGCAUUAAUAAUUUCAUGACAUGUAUUUAAUUCGCCAUAAUUUGCUUAAUCUGUAUUCCCAGGAGGCCUCUCCAUUUCAAAUGGUUUCAUUUCAUGAUUUGGAUUUAUGAUAUAUUGCAAAUCCAAAAUUA